GCAUGAAUGGUUAGCUUUUAAUGUAUGGUUUUGAUCCCAGAUAGCUCCCUCUUACUGCUUGUGAAAGCAGAAGAGGUAUUUCUUGAAGUUUUCUCAGUUCAAGAUGAAACCGCAGCCGCUGAGCUAGACAAGAGGAAGUGACUCUCUGGUUUUUACAAGUUGUAUGGAGGCAGUCACACAGUGGCAGAAGUCGCCGACACCUGUUUCACCCUGAAGAGAACGAGUGGCUCCCUGAGUUCAGAUGGCUGCCUGGGAUCUAUGUGUCUCCUUGGAGGAGCUUGGCCCAGAAGCCCCUCCCCUCAGAAUCAGUGUAACCUCUGACCUACAUAUCGGCGGCGUCAUUCUCCGAAUUGUGGAAAAAACUCGGAUCAAUAAAGACUGGUCUGACCACGCCUUGUGGUGGAAGCAGAAGCAGCAGUGGCUCCUGCGGACCUCCUGGACUCUGGAGAAGUAUGAGAUCCACGCGGACGCCAGCCUGAGCCUCACGCCCCAGCACAAGCCUCUGAGACUGGGCAUGCCCAACGGGGCCACGCUGAGGCUCCGGGCCUGCUUCUCCUCUCCCGUCUUCCAGACCGUCAUGGAAAUCGGUCGCCUGCUAAACAUACAGCAGCCUGAGGAGCUGUCCCUGAUGAGGACCAGGGAACAGAAGAAGAAGAAAGUGGAGAAGGAGAAGGAAGGCGAGGGGGAAGAACAUGACAUCACCAGUCUUUCACUCACGGCAGGUCCAGUCCCCACCCUGUCCAACGGGAUGCCUGUGCACUUUGCCGAGUCACCUCAGACCGAGGCUGUGUACAGGGCACUGUCUCUCAGCCAGCCCCUCCCCUCCCCUGAGACUACCAGUAAGAUGGAACGCCUCACCAACCUGGUGGACAAAGCCCAACUUCACAGCAGGUGGCUGGACUCGUCUCGCUCCCUGCUCCAGCAGGGCGUCGAGAAGAACGACAGAGUCCUACUGCGCUUCAAGUACUACUGCUUCCACAGCCUGCAGCCCACGAGAGAGGAGGUGCGUCUGACCCAGCUGUAUGAGCAGGCUCGUUGGGCUGUCCUCCUGGAGGUCAUCGACUGUACAGAGGAGGAGAUGAUGGUUUUCGCUGCCCUCCAGUAUCACAUUGGGAAGGUGUCAGCCUUAGAGCCUGAGAAGAAGUCUUCAUGUCCGUCCCUGGUUGAUCUUGACUCUGCCCUGCAGUGUUUAGAGGUGGACGUGAAGAGCAGCCCAAUGGGCCUGCUGGAAACGAUGGACACAGCUCCAGUCCUGCACGACUACUUAAACAUCUUCAGACCGAAAAGACUAACUCUGAGAGGCUACAAGCAGUUCUGGUUCACUUUCAAGGACACAUCCAUCUCCUACUACAAGAGUAAAGAGGAGAGCCUUAAGGAGCCCAUUCAGCUGAUGAAUCUCAGAGGAUGUGAGGUCAUCCCAGACGUGUGUGUUGCCAGCCAGAGGUUCUGCAUCAAGCUCCUGAUCCCCGGACCCGAGGGCAUGAACGAGGUCUUCCUGCGCUGUGAAAAUGAGCUGCAGUACAGCAAGUGGACGGCGGCCUGUCGUCUGGCUUCCAAGGGGAAGACGUUAGCCGAUGGAUCGUUCCCCAGCGAGGUGCAGAACAUCCGGUCCUUCCUCGCCAUGCAGAGGCCCGCCCCGGGCCCUCGUAUAGCUCAGACGGGGGACGGCAUCUACACACAUGGCCUGGUCUCUCCACGCUACCACAAAAAGUACAAGACCAAACAGUUAACCCCUCGGAUCCUGGAGGCAUAUCAGAAUGUGUCUCAUCUCUCUCUGACCGAUGCUCUGCUCAGGUUUAUCCAGAUCUGGCAAGCGCUGCCUGAUUUUGGGAUCUCGUAUUUCGUGGUAAGGUUUAAAGGAUGCCGUAAAGACGAGGUCCUAGGAGUUGCCAACAACCGUCUGAUACGUAUAGAUCUGAGUUCUGGAAACGUGUUGAAGACCUGGAGGUACAACACCAUGAGGCAGUGGAACGUCAAUUGGGACACACAGCAGGUGGCCAUCGAGUUCAAUGGCAAUGUGAACAUAGCCUUCAGCUGUGUGACGGCAAGCUGCAGGAUUGUGCACGAGUACAUCGGGGGCUACAUCUUCAUGUGUACACGCGGCAAAGAACACACCGGUGCCUUGAACGAAGAACUCUUUUACAAACUGACUGGUGGUCAUGAUGCCCUCUAGAUAUUCCUACAAGGAUGCUCACAAGGAUGCUCACAUUCCACUCAACUCUAAAGUGUUAAUGACAGGUCCAGUGAUACUCAAUAUGCCAUACACCUAUAGGGUUGUCCUGGUUACUAUGAAAUGGGCAGUAAUAUCCACAUGAUGAACUGGUGGGGGGCAGCAUGGGGAGGAAUGGGGCUUGAUGAAUUAACAAUAUGCUCACUACUUUAGAUUAGACUCCACCCCUAAACAGGUUUAUAACUGUCAUGUAUUUUUUACUAGUCUGAAAUAUUGAGUUUGUAAUAUGAUGUGCUAGGUUAACAGAUGUGGUUUGAUAGAGUGGUUAUGAUAGAAUGACCAAAAGGGGUUAAUUCAUAUGAUUGUGUCUCACAUAUGGGCCUUGGCGCUGGCUGUAAACAAUGACAUGUUGUUGCCUAAUACAAAGAAAAACAGACUGUCAGUAACAUUAAGGAGUAUGACCAAGUACCUAAAUAAAUCACAAAUAAACCUAAAUCCAACCUCUA